AUCAUUUUUUUUUUUUGUAAUUUAAAUGAUACUUCCACACAAACGUAGUUCCAAAAUUUUGUUGGGGUCCCUGAGUAGGGGCUUUCGAGGGUUAAUAGAAAUCCGCGAAUCGGCAUACGUCCUCACGAUUCGGCGAAAAGAGAUAUCCCAGUUUACGAUUGUUAUGCGUGCAAUUGUUAGGUCCAGCAUCACACGUCAUAACGCGUUCAUGCAUAAUCAUUGUUUAAUACAGAGUGUUCCUCCUAAUGUCUCGUCGCGCGCGUAAUAACCAUAAAGGCUCCCCCGCACAAUCAAAAAUCUAAAAAACAAAAAACAAAUAUUAGUGAUUAGAAAUAAAAAAUCAGGAAUAAAGCUGGUGUAGCAUUGAUACAUGGCUUCCUACAAGUUAAAAAUCUAUUGCUUGUGUUAUUCUCUGUUUUUGUUGCCUGUCAGCUUUAUUUCUAAUACCUUAGUCCUAAUCGCUAUUCGCUAAUAUCUGUUCCUUGUUCCUUAUAUUUUUGUUUGCGCAAAGACCUUAACGCUAGGCUGUCUCUUCUCGUCGAAUUGCGUGGACACACGCUGAUUUGCAGAUCUUUAUUAAUUAAUUUAUCAUUAAUUAUGGAGAUUUACAAAACGGUAAAGGACUUUUCUAUUCAAUUUAACUCGCUCUACCUACGAGAGAUGGCACGUUAUAAUUACUAGAAUCGUACUUACCUGCGUAUUUUUGACUAAUCAAUAAACUCAUUUUUACUCCAUCCUGCUCUAGUACGAAGGAUACGAUAUCAACACAACAGUCGUAUGUCCUUAUUUCAUCCGCAGUACUGGUAUGUUCGACGACGUUCAAUCAAGAUAUAUCCCAACUCUAAGUCCAAAUGCUGUAGCUGAUAGAAUAAUAAUGGCGAUGAGGUGUAACGAGAAAUAUACCAUCAUUCCGGGCUACUUACAAAUUCUGCUUACUCUAAAAUGGAUAUUUCCAUGGCCAUGCGUCGCUAUGUUUCUUCGUGGGUUAGUCAGAGACGCUUCGCCCGGCCACGAAGAUAGCAAGUUUAUAGCUGCAACUAGAACUGCAACUGUCGCGGAAGAGGAAUGUACCGUACCGCCAUCAAAGGAUCCAAACAGCGCGACCAUCCAUCAACAAUUAGCCAGACGUAUAUCCAGCUCCGAAAGAAAGCCUUAAACUUUCUUGCUCCGUCACGGUUUUAUUAUCGGUCUAGAAUAUAUUUUGUCUCUUCCUAUAUCGCGUCUCCAUCUUGCAACCAUGCAGCGUUGGCCUUUGGUUCUUUGUGUUUCGAUCUUUUCAAUUAUUUCGGUGGAUGGGAAAUAUAAACAAAAAUACUAUCAAUUUUGACGAGUAGAAAUGUACUUGCACAGAGUUUCUCUCUCUUCAAGUUUCUUUUCGCAGUGCCUUCAGCGACUGGCAGGUCAAUCAAUUGCUAGAAGAGAGGAGAAGCUCGGUGCAAAUGCAUUUUAAUCUUACCAGAACUGGACAGUAUCUUUGCUUUUGAUUGUAUGACUUACAACAUUUUAUGUUGUUAGUACAACAUAAAAAGCUUUCACAUACGUGACGAUUUCGCGAUAAUUACGAAUUGUUUCGAAAUCGUGUUGAUACACUUAGAAGUGCAGUCUUUGCUUAAUAUUGCGCAAAAUUGAAUUCCUCCCUAAGCAGAGUGCGUUAUACUUAUUUUAAUUCAGAGGCGUGGAAGACAUGCAUAUGUAACAAUAACAGCAUUUCGUAAUAGCGAUUCCUACGGUAAUCCUAUGUUUUGCGUCUAUGGAAGUUUUAUAGUACCUAAUUUCAUAACGCUGAAUGUGGAUCUUAGUAAAAACAAGAUCAAUGGCUAGGUUUACACCCUGAAUUUAGGCCGCGGUCUAUACCUCAAAUUCGACCUAAAUUAUUUAGGCCGCCUGCUGUAAACAUUUGAUAGGCGGCCGAAACUAGCUUCAGGUCAGACUUUAGGUCGAAUUUGAGGUACAGGCCGCGGCCUAAUUUCAGGGUGUAAACGUAGCCAUUGAACCUGAAGCUAUUUUUGCGGUCUUUGGCGUGAAGUUUUACCUUUUUUACAUGAAAAAAUAUAAUAAAUAGGUAUAUAUGGUGGAAAAAUGUGAUACUGAACUUGUAAAUGAUGUCAGUACUAGGUAUAAAAGUAACAUUAGAGUAUUUGUAAUUUGAUGCUACAUUGUAGAAACAUGUUACCGUAAUGUUAAUUAAACAAACUGUUUAAUAAUUUUACAGAAUUUGUAAAGAUUUUGUUUUUCUUUUAUCCGUUAUUUUAUAUAAUAUUGUAAGAGAUAUUUACGUUAUAAGAAUAAUGUAUAUUAUUGUAUGCUGAACAAAUUUACUUAUGAUUGAUGUAUAAUGCAAUUUGCGCGUGGUUUAAGCUUCAGUUUUCCAAAGCGUAAUUUUAAGUAAUAAAUUAUGUAAUAUCGCUCAUUCAACCGAUAUUAUAUUUGAUUGAUAUAAGGAUGUCAGAGUGUGUAACAUGUGUAAUAUGUAAAGUUUAUUUUAAUAAUAUGUAAACGCAAAGUUUCCAUAUCAGGAACAAAAAAAACCUUUCAGGUAAAUUAUUCAUAUCACAAUAUCUUCGAAAUAUCCAUGUACGAAAUAUUCGUAUGCAAUACCUAUAUAUGUUGAAACUGUAAAAUCUUAUCUCUUAUUUUCGAUACUACACGUAUAUAUAUUAUAUAUAUAUAUAUA